AUGGUGAAACUUCAACUAUUGAUCGUACCUAAUGUUACAGGCUACGUGCAUAUUCAGACCAACCCAAAGCUGUCCUACUCGACCGAAGGCACCAUCAGCGACGCCUACCGUAUCGUCAAUAUCUUUAAACACCUGGCCCCGGAUUUCGACGAGAAGAGGGUGUGCAUCAAGAUCCCCGCAACUUGGGAAGGUCUCCAGGCAUGCCGAACACUUGAGAUGAAAGGAAUCGCGACUCUUGCGACCACCAUGUUUUGCAUGGAGCAAGCGGCGUUGGCUGCCGAGGCCCAGUGUACCUACAUUGCGCCAUAUGUCAAUGAGCUCAAGGUUCAUUUCGAAGCUGGAUACAUUGACGAGAACAAAGCCUUUGACUUUUGUCGCGAGGCACAAGCCUACUACAUUAACCACUCAUUCCGCACCCAAGUAUUGGCAGCAUCACUCACGUCUGUGGAAGAAGCAAUGCAGCUUGCCGGAAUCCAACAUGUCACGAUUUCACCGAAUUUGCUCAAUGGCCUUGCUUCAACUGACUUGUCGACCUGGAAUGGAAAACUGGGCGAGUACUUUGCGCAAGGCCCUACACAGAAGAGCUGGGAGACGAAAGACUACAAUGCCCUGGUUAGAGACGAAAGCUCAUGGAGAAUGGCUUUCACUAGAAGUGGCUUUGGUACGAGUGAAGGUAAGAUCAUCCAGGCCAUCAACUACUUCGCCGACUUCCAAGACAAGCUCGAGGAACUUGUGAAGCAGCAUGCUGGAUGA